AUGUUCCCUCGCCUCUCCAAAACCGACAGCACCAAACCUCUCCUCAACACCGACCCCACAACCGAAUCCCAGCCCAACCCCAGCCCCAAAAAAUCUCUCUACCGCAGAUUCCAAGACUCCAAAAGAGGAGAAAUCUCAGACGCCGACGUCCUAAAGUACACGGGCAUGAGCAAAGACGCUUUAAACGGGUGGGCGGCCGAUCGUCCCGGCGUGGGCGGGAACAGGGCGGCGGGGAGCAUCACGGCCGGCAGCCCGUCGGGUCUGGGUGGUAUGAUGGCCGAGACCGGGUACGGCGGCUGGGGUACGGACGCGAAUGGGACGCCGAAGUUUCCGCCUGCGAUAAAGUCUGAGAAUCGAGAGUCCGACGACGAAGCGGCUGGGGUUGUGGCUACGAAGUAA